AAAGAGAAACUUAUUUUGUUCAAUUCACACUUCAGGAAGAUAUGCACUCUUCAAUCUACAUGGUUUGUUGGUAAAGAGCAACUUAGGAAAGAAAUAAUAACAUCCGUAGAGAACAUGUUGCUUCCAGCAUAUGGAAACUUCAUUGGGAAGUUCCAUAAUGUUCUUGCUGCAGAUGCAUAUGAGUAUAUAGAGUACGGAAUGUUUGAUAUACAAGCUCGACUUAACGGUUUAUUUAGAGGAAGUAUGAAUUAGGAAGGUAGCAGAAAAAGAAACAAAUAGAAAAUUUGUAUGAAUGAGAUCACAAAAUCACUAGUAUUGAAUUGGAAAACAUGCUUGUGUUAGAUUUUAUCAAAAAAAAAAAAGUAAAAAAAAAAAAAAACAGCAAAGAAGUGAAAUUUAUUUGGUAAUUCUUGGUUAUUAAGUUAUUCCCAAAAGAAUUUCUAAGACUAACCAUUUGGAACCACAGGCAUAAUCCACCCAGCCAUGGUUGAGCAAAAGUAAAUUUCAAGUGUAAAGCAUCUAUCACAAUAGUACAAUUAUCAUCUAGAUUUCAAUGCAUUAACUUGCAGGAAUCUAUAUUGUAAUAAUAAGAUUAGUCAAACCCAAGUCAACUGAAGAUGUUCCUGGAAGGGGAUAGGAAAGUUACACUAUGCAAUCUAUACAUAUAGAAAUGACUAUGGCCAAGCGCGUGAUGACAAAACCGAGUUGAAGAAGACUCUUCAUACCUACAGCUCCUCCAAGUCAACAAAAUAUGUAGUGAAAAAUUAACUGUGUAAACUCUUGGAUAAUAUUUGCUCCGUGUCUCUGAAAACACUUGUUACUCACUUAGCUUCUUUCAGAGGAUAUGGUACAAGUGCCUGUCCGAAUUCCAAGAUGGCUUAUGCAUCAAAAGCUAUGGAGAUUCGUUGGUGUGGUUUCAUCCAUAGUUGGCCUGCUCUGUUAUGCUCUCAGUAGAUCCUUCAAUUUUCUAUUCGGAAAAUGGAACUUGGUGAAAAUCUCUAUUUACAUUGUUUUCAGUUUUAUAAUCUGCCUUGCCACUUACUUUCCCAAGGUAUGGCAACACUCGGCUUGUCUCCGGUUUCGAGCGCAUAUAGCAUUUUUAGUUCUGACCAUUACUUCUGUUUACUCAUUCUUUUUUGACAAAGCUGUGAAUGGGAAACCAGAUGCAUAUAGCAUAGUCUCUUGUGCUGCUUUUGCUAUAAUGUGCUCUAGUUUUCCAAGACAGAUCCACGGUGGAUUUGAAGUGGAUCUGCUAUAUUUCUUUCUCGGAGUUUUUAUUGUGCAACUGAUGAAGAUAAAAGUAUUGUUUGGUAUUACUGGGGUCUGUUUCAGUUAUUUUGUUAUUAUUCUUAGAUCUUCGCUAAACCUCACAUUAGAAGAUGAACAUUUUGAUCCAUGUGAUCAAAAUCAGGUUGUCGUUCAAGUUGAUUCGCAACAAGCCAAUGAUGAUUGCAGUUUUAUGAUGGCACGGUUAAGUGCUUGUAUAGAAAGGCAUCAGCGGAGAAGCUAUGGUAUCAUGGGCAAAAUUUUGGACCAAGUGAGGGAAUACGGUGAAGCCAUUGGUGUCCCUGGAAAGGUGAUUGACCACAACUUGGCGUUUGAUGCACUUGGGCCCGGAGCUAUGGAUGAUCUUCAUGAUGUUGCCAAGUCCACCAUGGCUGCUGGUUUCGGAAAGGAGUUCUGCGAUGCAUAUAGCAAUUACAGGAGGCAAUGGUUAGAGAUGUGCAUAUUGAGAUUGUUGAAGCUUCGAGAGGAUAGAGUUAUUGACCCUCAAACAAUGCCAUCCAUGGAUUACAUUAUCAGUAGAUGGAUCAUAGCUUCUGAUGUUGCCCUAAGGAUACUAUUUCCCUCGGAAAGGCAAAUCUGCAGUCGUAUCUUCUCUGGUUUACACUCUGCAGCGGAUGCGUGUUUUGGACAAAUUUGCUCUGAAGCAACAAUUCAGCUGCUGAAAUUCGCAGAGGCCUUCGCGGCGAUUAGCCUUCCAUCAUGUCGGAUGUUCCAAACCUUCCGCGUUUUUCUUGCAUUGAACCAACUGAUUCCAGACUUCCAGACAUUGUUUUCUGAUGGCCCCAGCGUGUUCUUGGUGAAUGAAGCUGUCACAACCCGGAACAAAUUGAGAGAAGCAAUCACAGGCUCUUACACGGAUAUGAAGAAUUUGAUUUUCCGUAGCAAGGAGGCUAAGUUAGUUCUUCCAAGUGGUGGGGUUCAUCUAAUUACCUACAAUGUAAUGACAUAUAUCCUAUUCUCACGGCAGUCGCAAAGGAAGCUUCAGCAGGCUUCGCUAGAAUACCCGAUGGAUGCCGGAACCCAAUCGAAUAAUAUUAUGUUGUUGCAGUUAUUAGAGAGAAAAUUGAGAACCAACUCCAAGAAGUACAAGGACCCUGCUUUGGGCUAUUUUUUCAUGGUGAAUAAUAGGAGUUACAUAGAAAACAAGGUAAAAGAGUGGGAGCUGGGAACCUUUUUGGGAGAUCAUUGGGGCCAAAUUAACACUGCAAAAGUGAAGCAAAACCUUGAGCUAUAUUACAGAAGUUCUUGGAACAAGUUGCUAGACUAUCUGAAUCUAGACUACUAUGGCGAGUCGCCGGCACCUGAGGUUGCCGCAGAGCCAAUGAAGAAUAAACUGCUGUUGUUCAACAUUCAUUUCAUGGAGACAUGCGUUGCUCAAUCUACAUGGUCCGUCUUUGAUGAGCAGCUAAGGGAAGAAAUUAGGACUUCAAUAAAAAACAUGUUGCUGCCAGCAUAUGGAAACUUCAUUGGGACGAUUCGUAAAGUUCUUGGAAUGAAUGCUUAUGAGUAUAUUAAGUAUACAAUGUUUGACAUUGAAGCUCGAAUCGACGGUUUAUUUUAUGGAAGUAUCAUGAAUCAAUGAAGCAUUGACAAAGAAAGAAGUAAAGGCAGAGCUUGUGUGAAGCAUUAUUAGAUUGCAAAAUUUUCGAUAGCGAAGUGUACUACUUUCACAUUGUAUGGUUUCCACAUUAUUAGAGCAUGUGUAUGGUUUGCAAUAG